GGAGUUUGUACUUUGACGGGCAAGGGGAGGUCACUCUAAAAUCAAACUGACCACGGAACCGAAAGUAAGGCGCGAAGUUAACAAGGUGUUAGGUUCCAGCUGGACGAAUCUUGUCGAAAGAUCAGGUGUGUCCUUCAGUAGUGGCUCUUUGAGAGAAGAUGGCAGCAGGAGGCGACACCGACAGCCGUGACCAGGCCGUCAUCUGCAGCAUCUGUCUGGAGGAGUACAUUGACCCUAAGCUGCUGCCUUGUUUUCACACCUUCUGUGUGGAAUGCCUGGAGCAGCAUGCUGGCAGGACAACCACCAAUGGACAUUUCCCCUGCCCACAGUGUAGGCAAAGUGUCAAGAUACCAGGAAAAGGUGUCCAAGGAUUUCAGACUAAUUUCUACAUCACCAAUAUCAGGGAAAUGGGUAAAACCAACUCAUCUGAAACUAAAAAGAAUAUCAUCCCAAAGUCACAGAGUGUAUGUAACAUCUGCAAGAAUGGUGUAGCUAAAUUUGAAUGCAGGACGUGUCGCAAGAAUCUCUGCAAUGGCUGUAAGAAGAGUCAUAAGAAGCCAAAGUCUCACAGGAACCAUCACGUGGUUCUCAUCCAAGAAGAAUCAGCUGCUGCAGAAGCUGGUGAGUACCUGCUGUGCCCGAAGCAUCAUGCCAGGGGAGAGAUCCUCGUCUACUUCUGUCUCCGUUGCAAUGUCCCUAUAUGUAUGUCUUGCAAGCUGACUGCCCAUGAAGGACAUAGGUCAGAGGAUCUGGAGGACAGAAUCAACACAAUCAAGAAAGAUCUUCGUGAAUGCAACUUUGAGGCUCAGAGAAUGUGUCAUAGUCUGGAGGAUUUGAAGGAUAAAGGUGUGAAGAUGGAGGUGAGAUGCCAGGGGAAGGUAGACGAAGUGAUGGAACAGAUCAGUAAUGACUGGGAGACUGUCCUGAAGAUAGUCACUGUCCGUUCCAAGUGUUUGGAGGGCAAACUGCAGAGGAGAGCAAUGUCCAGUUUUGAAACCAUCUCCACACAUCUUGAAACAAUUGACAUGGGUCUCAAGCAGCUGGAUGAAGUGAAGAACAAAAUUACAAAUACUCUGGAGAAGGGUUCCUACCAGGAGAUGCAGGAUAAUCGCAGAGAACUAAAGAAAAGACUUGAUAGCCUGAAGAAAGAUCUUCCUGGCCCACUUGAGGUUAGUUCUGACUUUGCUUAUGAAACAUCCAGAUCUGAUAGAUCACGAGUCACACAGAUCGAUGCAGUGCUAGGCAGGCUCAACACUUAUGUUGCUGAAUCUGACAGAGGUCUUGUGCCAAGAGGAACUAAACUUUUAGCCACAUUUAGAGUACCAAAAGGGAAUUUGAAAGCAAGAUCUCUUGCUUCAUCUAAAACAGGAAUAAUAGUAUGUUAUGAUCCUUGUUUGAGUGAGUUAGAUAUUGUGAGCACCACUGGUUCUAUGAUAAAUACACUCAGUAUUAACUUUGAAGUGAGCUCGGUUACUGUCAGUGAAUCAGGAUCAGUGUUUCUUGCCUCAGGGUCAAAGAAGCUCAUCCAGAUACUGAUGGUAGAUCUAUAUCAUAUGCAUCUGUUGCCACUGGCUGAGGAUCUCCCGAUAGCUCCUUCAGCAAUCACUACAACAGAGGAAACCAUUGUCGCCAUUGGCUCAUCCAAAGCAUCAAAGGCUGGUAUCAUCAACAUUCAGAGAGAUGGAGGCCAUGUAUCGUGGGUGUUCAACGACGAGAAGGGAACCGUGUUCAAGAAACCGGCAGAUGUCGCCUUAUGGAGCAAAGGCAAUCGGUCCAUGGUAAUAGUAACAGACCCCAAUGCUCACAGGGUUGUAUUUCUGUCCAAGCAGGGAUGCAGUUACCACAUCACCAAGAUCUACAGUGGUGAAGGUCUGCACCAUGAUGAAGAACAGUUCUGCCCUCACGGAGUCUGUGUGGACAAACUAGGCAACAUCUUGGUGGCCGACACGUCCAGUCAGGCUGUCAUUCAGCUCAGCUGGAAGGGGAAACUGAUGGAUGACCACACUCUCAUGUUUGACCAAGGAUUCAUACCCAAGUCUCUUGCAUCCACACCAGAGUGUAACCUCAUCGUGGGUAGUAGUGGCGGUAUGGUCAAGGUGAUCAAACGGGCUAACCCAUGACCACUGUUUAUUCACAACUCAAAUUCCCUGAAAAUGUGUUACUUUGACAACCAGUUAUUCUGGUUUUAUGAAUGCUUAUAUUCAUUUUGCAUGGUUCUCUAUGGCCCUCUUGUCUGAGACUGGCGGAAACUCAAAAUGUAUUAAGGCCAUUUUUUUAUGUUUCUUGGUUUAUUGAUAAACAGUUGAAAGUAGUGGUAAACCCAACUUGCUCAUCUUGGUGGUCUGAAUGUCAGUGUACCUCAGUAGCAUAUUGAUUCUUCCUCAGUAUUAGUUAAAAACAUGCCAUCCUGAUCCACCAGAUACAUUACUGUUCAGGAUGUGAGAAGUAUUUCUAGAAUGGUUAUCCUGCGAAUGUUGAAAUUAAAUGCAUACUUUUUAAUAAGGCUUACUAUCCAGUUUCGUAAACUUAGGAGUAUCCCUGAAUAUUGGUGACCUUUGGACACAGUUUUGAGUUUGGAGUGUUUCGUUUCUCACUACCUUGGGUAUUUUGGGUGAGAAUAGGUUCCUUGUAACCUAGACUUGUAAGAGGCGACUAAAUGGAUCCUAUGGUCAGGCUCAGUGGCAUCAGUUGCAGAGCAUGGUACUUUGCUCAUAUGGUAAUUACAGGUAACCAUGGUAACUGUUUGUCUGACAGUUGAUUAUGUACGGGCUGCUUUGAGCUGGAAUAUUGCUGACAGAAACGUAAAACAACACACACAUCUUUCUUACAUCAAUGUUGUUUGCAAAGCAUAUGUUGCUGCAAUGUUACUUUGGGCUGAAAACCUGGGUCCUCGAAGUCACUCGUGUCCUGACACUGUUUGUAGUUCCACUUAUGCAAAUAUUGUUGGAUUGUGAAAUUAUUUUACAAAAUCGUUUUUGAUACAGACAGGUCAGAUCAUGUCACCUGAAUCCUUGUCAAAUGUUUAUUGUUUUGAUUUUAUUUAUGUAUGACCAGCUCUUAGACCUCAAAUCUAAUAACCUGCCAAAGCAGUGUGUAUAGUCUGAACAAAUGUUAUGUUAAAGUGACUAAAACGGCUGAGGGGGUUGUUCCCAGAUUAUUGAUUGUAAACUUGUAACAUGUAAAUCAUGUUAUCUGAUCAUGGUCAGGGCUCAAACUAUUAUUAAAAAAUGCAACCUAACAUUUAUGUCUUUGUGCAUGUGAACGAAAUUAUUUUGUUUUUGUUUGACUCACCCUUACUUGUUCACCCUUUGUUGUUCACGCUUUAUUUACCAAACUACAUCAUUAGUCCUUGUGAUAUGAGACUUUCUAGUUUAUGUAUCUGUGUUUCAGCUUUAAUAAAUUUAUGGGACCUGGGUGCCACCUUGUUUUUUCUGGUACAACUAGCUUUUUUCACCUUGUGCAAGUUAAAUUAAGCUCCCUAAAUCGAGAUAUGUUUGUAAAUAAUCAAUUACUAGUCAUUGGUCAGUGUUAGGAUGAUCAGAAGCCACACACAUUUCCAUUGUUCCGAACCCAAAUGAUUUUUUUUAGCAGUGACAUCACAAAUUGUAAAGACAGGACAUAUUCAAUAGCCACUUAUUAUUCCCCGCCACCAAGUGAGAGGGGGGUAUAGGAAUGAGUGCUGUCAAUUCAUCUGUCCAUCUCAUUUCAUUUCCAGAGCAUCACUCGGCAACUGUUUAAUAUUGUAUUAUGAUAUUUUGAAAUCAGUCACUUGCUGAACUGGUGCCUUUUGAUAUAUCUUAAAAUGAUAUUUUUGUGUUUCCUUGACAAAAAUCCGGACUUAGACACAAAUAUGUGAAGCAUUAAUUUCAUUUCUGGAGCAUAACUCAUAACUACAUUUGUAUCAAACUCUUGGCAACUAGUUGGACAGGUUGCUUUCACUACCAAAGCAUGGCUCAAAAUCCAGAUAGGAUGUUGUGUUCAUUUCUGGAUCAUAUAUCCAUUUAUUUUUUUACUAUAUUUUUCAUGAACCUUUAUACCCAUAGUAACACAGUGCUGUAAUUGUAUUGCUUUAUAGAAUUUUCUACUAAAAGAUUAGUAGGGUUGUCUGAGAGCCGUUACCAUUAUUAUCUGCUUGUGCUGUAUACCACUUGACAAAGGAACUUGUUAAGGUAUAUAGUGAAUUAUUGUGAAGAAAAACAACUUACAAGUGGCACCGAACCGGCCUGCUUUCUGGUAGUGGGUUUAAUAAAAGAAUUUAGAGCUUGCAAUUAGGCCAUUUACAAAAGAAUCCAGUGAACUUUUCAAGAUUGCGUUUAAAAAUUUAUGCCAUAAUCAUUUUUUCUGGAGUUAAUCCUCCCUUUCUCUUGUAAAUUCAGUACAACAUGAACAAACCAAAUUCUUUGUAAUGUACAGACAUUAGGUGUGAUGAAGUAUGAUUUGUGUAUUGGUUGUCAUACUUGAGGAGUUUCAGAACUAUGUUUAUGUACAGCUAUUUCAACUUUAAUUGUUUGUUCAUUAAACGUGUUAUUUACCAAA